AUGACCCAAAGAAUUGUUGAGAAUCUUCACAUAUGUUUAUACGCACUAUGGUUUGUGGGAUUUAAAAGGGUAAUAGAAAUAUUGUGAUAGUAAAACGUUAAAUAUGCCACCAUCAACCGAUUCAGGAUCUGAGGAACACACAGAGAACAAAUCUACUGAAGCGACUCUUAAAAUUCCUUUCGAAUCGGCCAAGAGUGCAGAAAUUGCAUAUCGCGUGUUAAGUGUGGAUAAAGAACCUCGACGCAAUUUUGUCCAAAAGGAGUUACGUUUAGUGGGUGAUCAAAUAGAAGUACAUUUUAUUGCUGACCAAGUUAAAAAUCUUCGCACAGCAAUCACAUCAUUUUUUGGAGCGCUCCUACUUUGUACGGAUACAAUAAAAGAAUUUGCGCCAAUAACAACAGACAACGACAAUGCCGGAGCAUACACCAGCGCCAACUCCACAUAGAGCAGUUUAUGGUUUUGGCUUUUAUUUACUGUUUCUUACACUUUUCAUUUUGUACGUAAUGUGGGCAUUGCUUCCAACUGAGAGCUGGGGCUUGCACUACCUACCGGAUAAAUACUUUGCUGCAUAUCUUCC